GCAGUAAUCAGAUGUGUGUGUGCGUGUGUGUGUGUGUGUGUGUGAGUGUCAGAGUGUCGCUGUCGCUCGGCCAUGGCCUGUCUGAUGGCCGCCUGGUCCGUCCACAACCCGGCCGUCACCAACUCUAUCAUCAUGAACACCAACGGGCCCCCGGACCUGAUGUUGGACCCCCGGACGGUGUGUGUCUGUAUGGACGAGGUGGUCAGCAAGCAGCAUGCUGGUGGCGGUGGUGGCGGUGGCCAGCAGACGCCGCUGCUGCACCGACACCUGAAGAAGGUGGAGAACAACCUGACGGAGGCGCAGAGGUUCUCCUCCCUGCCCAGGAGACCCGCCGUCAACAUCGAGUUCAAAGACGUGUCCUACUCCGUCCCUGAAGGACCCUGGUGGAGGAAGAAAGGUUACAAGACGCUGCUCAAAGGGAUUUCUGGGAAAUUCACCAGCGGCGGCCUGGUCGCCAUCAUGGGGCCCUCAGGAGCCGGCAAGUCCACCCUCAUGAAUAUACUGGCUGGAUACAGAGAGACGGGCAUGAAGGGUGAGAUCCUGAUCAACGGUCAGGCCAGAGACCUGCGCUCCUUCAGGAAGGUUUCCUGCUACAUCAUGCAGGACGACAUGCUGCUGCCACACCUCACUGUGCAGGAGGCCAUGAUGGUCUCAGCCAACCUGAAGCUGCAGGAGAAGGUGGAGGCUCGCAGGGAGAUGGUCAGGGAGAUCCUGAUGGCUCUGGGGUUACUGGACUGUGCUAAGACCAGGACGUCCCACCUGUCAGGGGGUCAGAGGAAGAGGCUGGCCAUCGCCCUGGAGCUGGUCAACAACCCCCCGGUCAUGUUCUUCGACGAGCCCACCAGCGGUCUGGACAGCUCGUCCUGUUUCCAGGUGGUGUCUCUGCUGAAGGCGCUGGCGCAGGGCGGCCGCACCGUCAUCUGCACCAUCCACCAGCCCAGCGCCAAGCUGUUCGAGCUCUUCGACAAGCUGUACGUGCUCAGUCAGGGUCAGUGCAUCUACAGAGGUAAAGUCUCCAACCUGGUUCCCUACCUGAGAGAGCUCAGCCUCAACUGUCCCACCUACCACAACCCCGCCGACUUCGUGAUGGAGGUGGCGUCGGGCGAGUACGGCGACCAGACGUCCCGGCUGGUGAAGGCGGUGCAGGACGGGCGGAGCGAGCUGGACGAGCACACGCAGCUGAACGGAGACAGCAGCCUCCACCCCUUCCUGUGGCAGCGCACCGAGGAGGAGUCCUCCUCGUCUGAAGGCUGUCACAGUUUCUCUGCCAGCUGUAUGACUCAGUUCUGCAUCCUGUUCAGACGAACCUUCCUCAGCAUCCUGAGAGACUCAGUGCUGACUCACCUGAGGAUCUCCUCCCACAUCGGGAUCGGCGUUCUGAUUGGCUUGCUCUACCUGGGCAUCGGCAACGAGGCCAAGAAAGUCCUCAGCAACUCCGGCUUCCUCUUCUUCUCCAUGCUCUUCCUCAUGUUCGCCGCCCUCAUGCCCACCGUGCUCACCUUUCCUCUGGAGAUGGGGGUUUUCCUGAGAGAACAUCUGAACUACUGGUACAGUCUGAAGGCUUACUACCUGGCCAAGACCAUGGCUGAUGUCCCCUUCCAGGUGGUGUUCCCGGUGGUGUACUGCAGCAUCGUCUACUGGAUGACGGCCCAGCCUCCGGACGCCGCCAGGUUCUUCCUCUUCCUGUCUCUGGGCGUCCUGACCUCCCUGGUGGCCCAGUCCCUGGGGCUGCUGAUCGGGGCCGCCUCCACGUCGCUGCAGGUGGCGACGUUUGUGGGUCCGGUCACGGCGAUCCCUGUGCUGCUGUUCUCCGGCUUCUUCGUCAGUUUCGACACGAUCCCCUGGUACCUGCAGUGGAUGUCCUACAUCUCCUACGUCAGGUACGGCUUCGAGGGAGUCAUCCUGUCCAUAUACGGCCUGGACCGGGAGGACCUGCACUGCGACGAGGACGACACCUGCCACUUCCAGAAGUCGGAGGCCAUCUUGAAGGAACUGGACAUGAUGGACGCUAAACUCUACCUGGACUUCAUCGUCCUCGGCAUCUUCUUCUUCUCCCUUCGACUCAUUGCUUACUUUGUCCUGCGCUACAAGAUCAGCGCUGAGAGGUAGACGAGGAGGACGAGGAGGACGAGGAGGACGAGGAGUUUCGGAGGGAGAACGUCCCAGCUGUGGUGUCCACACACUGUUAUUCCUGUCUAAUGCACUCAGCAUUAGAAGACUUUAGGCCAAAGUCUUUAGGCCAAAGUUAGCAUGUAGCUGUGUAGCGCUUCUACAUGUGAACACAUGAACCUACUUUGGCUAGCACUUUAAAAAUAAAUGACACAGAGAAGGUUUUUGAGGAGAUGUUUGGGGCCUCAAGGCACCAGCUGGCAGGGAAAAAUCAGAUCAGCUUUUUCCCCAAAAAAGAAAACAAAAGAAAUGAAAUGAAAAUGAAUGAAAUGAAAUGAAAGGUGGAAGCAGCACUGGGCUGUGAGGUGGAAGUAGAAGCAUCUACUCUAGAUGAUAAACCAGCUUUGGUAGGUUUGCUUUGUGCCAGAUCAGCCGAGGUAAACAGAGAGGGCUUUAAGCUGCAGGGUGUAGUCGGGUUUCUGUGUCCUUUCUGGGUGGACGAGGCCGGGCCGGGCCGGGACGGGACGGGACAGGAGCUGGUUUCUGCCUCCUGUGGGACCAACAGUGCCACCAGUUUGUGUCGACACACUGCUCACAGCUGGACAACGGUCUGGAGCUGCACACUGAAUGGAAUCACAGUGUGGAUGAGAGUGAUAUCCUGUUUUUUCCCUGAAGGUUAAAUGUGCCAGUCAGGCUUUAUGAAUGAAAUAUUGCAGCCCGGCGUGACGGCCGAGUGUGUAACAGAGCCGCCGCUCCACCAGAGGGCAGCGUGUCAGUGUCACGCUUUCAAACCUGCAGGUUUUAUGAAGCUGCAGUCACGUGACGUGGCCUACAGGGGGCGACAGAGGCCACAUCAGCAGGCAGGCUAGCUAAUGUUGCCAGGGAAAGUUCCCUAAACUUUACCCUAACCUUAACCAACUCUUUUAGCUAACAUUAGCUAAGGAACUAAAGAGAUAAGAAGCUGAUAUUCACUUAGCUGACAAGCUAGCAAUUAGCUAAUGUGCUAACAUUUGUGCAUGCUAAACACUCUGCUAGCUGUUAGCCGAGGCUCCUGCGUGUUGCCAUGGCGCCGAGGCGAUGCAAAGCGUGACUCUGCCAGGCGUUCCUGCGGCGUGGUGGCGUGGUGGCAUGGCGGCGUGGCGGCGUGGCGGCGGCGCUUCACGUCGGGCUGCAUGUUGUGGAGCCACAGAGACGCUCUGGCCUACAAAUCAAAUUCUCCAGAUUUACAAAAAUGACGGUUUGGUGCAAACCCUGCAGCAAAAUUCAUAUCAUGCUCAUUUUGCUAGGUUUUUUUUUUUUUUCUAGAUAAAAUGAAAAAGAUGCAAAUAAAAAUAUAUUGCCAAUUUUAUCACAGUUGCACUAUCUGUCAAAAUAAUCAUGAUUUUUUUUUUUUU